UCAUGGAUUACUAUCUUCCAUAAAGAAUUUAAAAUUAAAGCUCUCCCAAAAAGCAAUGGAGAAAUGUGCAGUGGGCUUGAGAAGGCUUUGGCAAAUUGCAAAUAAAGGAAUUACCCAGAAGUUUCACAUGGAGAGAAGGAAGGACACCUACUGGACAGCUCUCCUGCUCUAUUGGUAUCCAAGCAAAGGUGAUGGGAACUCAGGGUAGGUGGACACCGGGUUGAAUUCAUUAGAUGACAUGGAUGAGCACGACUCAGGGCAAGCAGGUACAAUGGGAUCUGAUCCUCAACCCCUGCCCCUGUUCCCCUACUCCCACAGUGGUUGUGAAGCCCAAAUUAGAUCAUGUGUGUGGAUUGUUUUGCCAACUUUAUCAUACAUUUCAACCAUUUUUAAGAUUUAGGGAAAUGACAAGCCACUUCUUGCCAAAAGUCUGAGGACUCUAGUGAAGAUUCCAUCUCACUACCUCUCCUAAAUAAGCCAGAAGCCUGGUGUACCUUGAAGUCUAAGUCUACCUUGAACCUCUCUCUGAACUCCUCUUUUGAGAAACCUUGCCCUGGGCCAUGCUGCUGGACUCAGACAGCUGCUAUUCCUUGGGAUGUGGUCAGGAUCUGGCUCAAAGAGACAAAGGGCUGAAUCCAUGAACUCAUUUAGGUACCCAAACAUCAUGGGCAGAGUUAUUUCUCCUCUGCCUCCACAAGGUGAAUUUUGCUCUGCCUGGCAUUGCUUCGGGGUAGGGGUGGGGUGAGUGGGGUUCCUCUGGGUUGACUCUGAGCCUGUUCUCCCUCUGCCAUCCUCCCCCUCUCUCCACAACACAGCAGCCCCCCAGUUCUCUGACUCAUAUUCCCCUGAAGAACUGCUUCUCUUAUCCUCUGUAGCAGCUGGCCAGAGCCCUCCCCAACAGGGAGAAUUUCCUUUCAGCUGAACUGAAUAGAGGUCAUCAGUAUCCAGGUAACUUUGGUGACACAACUCUAGUAACCUAGCAACCCUGCCUUUCCUGCCCAAGAAAGACUUUGGAUCGGAGCUGUCCGUUGUCCUGGUGAAUAAGGGGAUCAGUAAACGGAAGGACCAGGGAUGAAGACUUCACAAUGGGAGGAACUCAGAGAGGAUAGAUAUUGUCUCCCCAGAAUGUCUGUUUGUUUUAAUCCCUUCUGCUGGAGCAUUGAUCUUUCUUCCCUUCCUACUUCUUUGCUUCCUCCUUGGACAUAUGGUGACUGGAUAAAAUUGGAAGCCUAACCCACAAGCGCAUCAGAACUCCUUGUCCCCUGGAUGAUGUCUCCCUCUCUAAAGUCAAGAGAAGUCAGACUUUCCGAGGAUUUCAAAGGAGGCAAGAGUUUCCCAGCCAUGGCUCGGAUCAUCGACCUGGUUCCUUGGAGUGAUAACUCAAUUGAAGCUUCCGUGUCUCCAGCCAUCAUGUUCCCCACACCUCCAAGGAGAAACAUGCUCCCAGGGGUGAAACAGCAACUGUACCACCCCUACCUGCCCACCCUGCGGCAGAUGGACAUGGACACAGUCAUGGCCAAACUCCCUGAUGAGCACUGCCAAUCAUCCACCUACUGCUGCAAAGGUGACUUUGACCAUGCCCACUUCAGUUUGUUGAGUGUCCCCAACAAAAGCCUGAAUGGUCUGGUGAGUGACCCUCCUAGACUUGAGUCCAGCUUGGAGGUGGAGGGAGGAUGUUCAAAAGCUACCUAUUCUGUGACCCAUUUUCUAAGGGCCUGCUCACUGCUGGUUGAGGGUUUCAGUGGCUAUGCUGUGAGGUACCUAAAGCCGGAUAUCACCCAGUGCUGGCGGUACUGUCUUAACCAGAACCCCAGCCUUGACCAGUAUGGACAGAAACCCCUUCCUAAUGACACCAUGAACACCUUCCGAAGCUUUAGCUCUGCCUACAGACAAGUCAGCUACCUGACACCCUGGCAUUAGCUUCCCAAGAGGAGGAAGAGGAUUUGGAGGUCUGGGCCAGCAGGACCAGGCCACCUUAAGUAUCCAGCUCCCCAAAAGUAGAGGUGGCUCUGGAAGUCUCCACUUCCCUGAGGAAUAUGGAAUCCAUGGCAGGAACAAUAAAAUAACCCCUCCACUCAA